GGCUGAUAGUUUUUCAGUUGUCUUCUCUGGACUCUACAUCGACAAGGAGCGAGUUCCGAGCCGCUAACUGUGCAAUUAUGCUGCCCCAAUUUUGUGCUUGCUGUUGCUCAAAUUAAGUAAACGUUGUUGUUUGCUUCAGAACUUUACACAGCAUCCCACAGAGCAGGUUUUGUUAGCUGGGCAGGCUGUAACGUGACUCAUGCGUCUGGAAUAACGUCUGCCUUCACGUUUCCGUGAUGACUUUUUCCCCCCCCCUCAUUUUUGUUACUAAGACAACCGAGGAGGUAACCGUUGACACUUUGGUACACAUCUACGUCACAGUUGUUUCUACUCCAGUUUGCAGUUUAAUGGUAGUCACUAGUGGUCGAAGUACAUUUACACAAAUACAAAUUGCAAAUACAUUUGACAUUUACACACUUGUGUUAAUGUAGUUUAGUACAAUUCACACCUUUUACUCAAGUAAAAGUAUCACAAAUGGUGUAAGAGAACUGCGAUCAAAGAAGUAAAGGUGCAAGUGUCAACAUCAAAAUUAAGAUCUGAUCAAUACUGGAUCUGAGCUGCAACAGCCCAGACGUCUGCAAGGUGCUUAAAUGUGCAAGUUAGGAACAAGCUAAAGAUGCAGGGGGCCAUUGCACGAGUGUGUGUGGUAGUGGCUGCAGCCAUAUUAAACCACCCCUUGCUCUUUCCUCAAGAGAAUACCACGCUCCCGGACCAGGAUAAGGAGCUGAUGGCUCGCAUGCGGGAGCACGAGGAGAGGCUGGAAAUGGAGCAGGCCAAGUUGGAGAAAGAGCUUUCACAGCUGGACUUAAAGCAGGAAGAAGCUAGCCCCGAGGAAGGUUAUAGUUGGUACUUUUGGAGCACUGUGUCUUUCAUCAUAUUCUUCACAAUCGAGAUGUGCAGGGUGAAUCUUGCUGACACAGAAAUCCGGCCAGUUGAGGAUGAAGACAUAUUUUCAGAGAGCGGAUCCGUCACACCCAGGACAAUGGUACUAGAUAAGGACGUCCUGAACAACUUCUGUGACAAAUGCACAUACACUUCUUCGCACGAAAACUGGAGGGUGAGGGAGUUUGUUGAAGGUUUUGCUGACGACUUGCUGGAAUCGCUCAGGAGCUUGUGUGACAGGGAGGCAGACAUGGAAGUCGGGGACUUUGUCGGAAUUGGAAGCAUGUUUGAGUCUUGGAAGGUGUACAGGCCACUGAUGUGCGACCUUAUAGUGCCUUUCUCACCUCCAGAUCCGUACUCCUUCCAGUUCAAUCUGUGGUGCAGCACCUCCAGUGACAUUCCUCCAAACAUGCAGGGCUGUGGGAAGAUAAAGGUGAGCAGGUUUGGAGAGAACGAGGAAGGCUGUCUGUGUGGCUAUGCUAAUCUCGGAGAGGACAUGUUGUGCCUGUUGCAUAGCAAGAAUGACACACUCAGAGUGGACCACAGUCCUGAUGAACUGCUGUGUUUCAGGAACACACCUUUCCUAGCCAAAGAUCAAGUCAUGAAGUGGUUUCAGAUCUCUGUAACCAAAGCGUGGGGACGCAUUUCUCACAAAUAUGACUUUGAGGUCAAUUUUCGCAACCUGGAUGCCGCCGGUGCCUUGAAGAUUCGAUUCCGUUCGGGGAAGGUCAUUGUAUUGAACAUCAUACCAGUGGUUCAGUGGGAGGAUACAGAUGCUUAUUUUGUGUCACACUUUCCAUCAGAUUGUGACAGCUCUCCUGACCCAUACUGGUCCCUCUCUUUUGCGGUGUACGAGAGGAAUUUGCUAAAACAUUUUGCUAAACGCCUACCACAAAAUUCCUGUCAUUUACACUGCCUUCAGAUUGUUACUUUUCUACACACAAAGCAGACAGGGCUCACAGGGAAAAGUGCCCUUACCAACUACCACUUGAAGACUGCUCUGUUGCACUUGUUGCUGAGUAAAAGGCUCUCUGCGUGGGGCAUUGAGAGUAUGGAGCACAGGCUUCGGGAUUUGCUCAGCUUCUUGCAGAGGAGCCUGGAGGAGAAGAGACUGCAUCAUGUUCUGAUUGGGAACAGCAAAGUGCCACAAGAGGUUCAGGUUCCUGAGAUAAUUCGUAAAACGGAGCCCAUCAAUCUUUUCCGGUCUCUGGUGUUGCAAAGGGAGCUUCAUGCAGCAACUUUCAGGCAUUUCCACGAGAUGUUGAGAAAUGCCCCUGUGCUCAUAGAAGAGUACACACCUCACUUACCAAAUGGAGGUUUACACCACAGCCUAGACUAAAGCGUGUGACCUUUGACAGUGUUCGUUGUCUGAAUUAUUUUCUUAAGCUUAGCACUAGAACAUCUUUAAAUAUCAUUCAGUGUUAUUAAGAAAAAUUUCCCAGAUAAAUGAAAAGGUGAGCAAACAACAGUUACUUUAGUUAUGACUGAUGUCUAGAUAUGUAGUGGUUUUUGGGGCAGCUGCUUUUAUCCUCAUUGUAACCAGUGUAUUGAGAAUGUGGCCUCCUAAUAGCACAUAGCAACAUUUCAUCAGUGGCUUCUGGUGUUUGUUAAAUCUAGUGGCAAAGCAGUGUGUCCUAUAAGUUUAGUUUUAAUGGGUAUACGGUUUAUCCAUGUAGACAGUUUCUGAAGCCAACUUGUUUCAGAGAUGUAACCUGGAGGAGUGGUUUUUAGUGCAUAUCUGUCUCUAAAAAAGGCAGCAACAUGGAAUGAUGAACAAUGAUCAUUUUAUAAAAACAUUGCAGCAUUUAUCUGAAAAGACAAAGCACUUUUGUCUGUUG